AGAUAGGGAGGGAGAGGAGGAGACAUGGAGCAGCCCCAGCCUUAGUCUUGGACAGCAGAAGCCCAGGCUGCUGGAACAGGAAGGGUGGGACCCACUGUGUGCUGUUCCUGAAAAUAAAUGGCGUGAUGACUGACAUGGAUAAUCGAUCACAAAGGAUGCCUAGGCACUGUGCUCAGUGCUGUAUGUGGAUCAUCUCCAGGUCGUGCUGACAGCUGACAUUUUUCUGAUGAUGGGAAAACAGGCUCGGAGUGUUUGGAAACUCCAGGGAGGUUGCAGAGCUAGUGAGUGGUGGUGGAUCAGGUGUUCGAGGCAUUAUGAUCCCCAAAGUUAGUGAUUUUUACAGUAAGUAGGCUGCAGGUUAGUGGGCACUAUUAAAGGGUUUCAGUGACUGUUCAUGUGUAGUCCCUGACCCCUGCUUCUCACGAGGAAUUGGCCAGAAAAGUAGAGAUUGGUUUGCAGGUGCAGUUAGUCGUAAGCCACGACCAAAAGCUCUGCGUCCUGACUCCGGUCCAGUGCCCUCCAGAUCACAUGACCCCUCUAAUGUCUGCUCUGUGGGAAGAUGCUUCCUCAGAGGCGGUCACUCUGUAGCAUAUCUCUCACCUUUGUAGACAUUUUUCCUUUCAACAUCAGCAUCCGGUGGAAAGAUGGAAAGUGGGACCUGGAUUCCUGUUGGGCUCAAUUGCUUAUUACCGUGAAGCCUUGAAUGAUUUCAUGUAUGAAGGUUGGGGGGGUGAUCUUUACUUGGUAGUGCCAUUCUGCACCGUUGACACUGUUUAUCAGAGAUGAGUUAAUGUGUACGCAGAGAAAGUUUAUAUUGGGCUCUUGAGCUUUAAAGCACACGGGAAAAAGAACUGUAAAUUUAGGAGGGAGGGACAGAUCCAAUGAUACCUCUAUGUCUGUGGUGGGAGGAGGAGGACAGGGAGGUUUCUAGGCUGGUGAUGUAGGGUUUCUUUCUCCCCUCAGCUCUGUCUUCUCCAGACUCUGGCCUCCUGCCAGAGAGGAACCUGAAGGAAGAAGACAGAGAACCUGUCAUAAAUUCUUAAGUUCUUAAAGCCAUGUCCAAGGAUUUGGUGACAUUUGGGGAUGUGGCUAUAGAUUUCUCUCAAGAGGAGUGGGAAUGGCUGAAUCUUGCUCAGAGGAAUUUGUACAAGAAGGUGAUGCUGGAGAACUACAGGAACCUGGUGUCACUGGGAGUCUCAGUUUCUAAGCCAGAGGUGAUCUCACUGUUGGAGCAAGGAAAAGAGCCCUGGAUGGUGAAGGAGGUGGGGACAGGAGGCACACACUCUGAUUGGGAGUAUGCAUUUAAAAACAGUGAAUUCUCAUCAAAGCAAGUUAUUUAUGAAGAAUCGUCCAAAGUAAUGAGAAUGGGAAGAAGCCAUCUUAGUUAUAAUCUUGACUGCUCUAGUUUAAUAGAAGACUGUAAAAGUGGGGACUGGUUUAAGAACAAGUUGGGAAGUAAGGAGGUCCAUCCUAGUCAACUGAUCAUCACUCAUAAAGAAAUCCUCACUGAAUAUCAAAGUAAUGAAUGCACUAAAUCUUGGCAGACUUUCCACAAGGAUGCAGUAUUUGCUAUAAAACAGGGUUUUCCCACCAAAGAAAGAGUACAUAAGCAUGAGCCACAAAAGAGAAGUUACCGAAAAAAAUCUGUUGAAAUAAAACGUAAGAAAGUCUAUGUAGGAAAGAAACUUCUGAAAUGUAAUGAAUGUGAGAAAGUCUUCAACCAGAGUUCAUCCCUUACUCUUCAUCAGAGAAUUCAUACUGGGGAGAAACCCUAUGCCUGUGUUGAAUGUGGGAAAACCUUCAGCCAGAGUGCAAAUCUGGCUCAACAUAAGAGAAUACACACAGGGGAGAAACCCUAUGAAUGUAAGGAAUGUAGGAAGGCCUUCAGCCAGAAUGCACACCUUGCUCAGCACCAGAGAGUUCACACUGGAGAGAAACCUUAUCAGUGUAAUGAGUGUAAAAAAGCCUUCAGCCAGAUUGCCCAUCUGACUCAGCAUCAAAGGAUCCACACUGGAGAGAGACCAUUUGAAUGUAUCGAGUGUGGUAAGGCCUUUAGUAAUGGCUCAUUUCUUGCUCAGCACCAGCGAAUUCAUACCGGAGAGAAACCUUAUGUAUGUAACGUGUGUGGGAAAGCCUUCAGCCAUCGUGGUUACCUAAUCGUACACCAGAGAAUUCACACCGGAGAGAGACCUUAUGAAUGUAAGGAAUGCAGGAAGGCCUUCAGCCAGUAUGCACACUUAGCUCAACACCAGAGAGUUCACACUGGAGAGAAACCAUAUGAGUGUAAAGUGUGUAGGAAAGCCUUCAGCCAGAUCGCAUACCUUGAUCAGCAUCAGAGGGUCCAUACUGGAGAGAAGCCCUAUGAAUGUAUCGAAUGUGGGAAAGCCUUUAGCAAUAGUUCGUCGCUGGCACAACAUCAGCGAAGUCACACUGGAGAAAAACCUUACAUGUGUAAGGAAUGUAGGAAAACGUUCAGUCAGAAUGCAGGCCUUGCUCAGCAUCAGCGAAUUCACACAGGAGAGAAGCCUUAUGAAUGUAAUGUGUGUGGGAAAGCCUUCAGCUAUAGUGGCUCUCUCACUCUGCAUCAGAGAAUUCACACUGGAGAGAGGCCCUAUGAAUGCAAGGACUGCAGGAAAUCUUUCAGGCAGCGUGCACACUUGGCUCAUCAUGAAAGAAUUCAUACUAUGGAGUCAUUCUUGAGUCUCUCUUCUCCCUCACCCUCCAUGUCCAGUCAGUUGCCAAGACCUGUAGGUUUUAUCUCUUAAAUAUGCCUUGAAUCUCACUCCUUUAAUUAUUUUCACUCCAUCACCUUUGUCCAGUACACAAUAAUCUUCUUGACACGGACUAUGGAAAUAGCUUUCUAACCGGUUUCCUGUAUUUGCCACUUAGUCAGUUGUCCACAUUGCAGACAAACUUGUAUUAAAAAUAGUUCGAUCAUAUCACUCCUCUCAUUAAAACCCCUCAGUGGCAUCCUGAAAUUCUUAAGGUUAAAGCACACAUUCCUCAACAUAGCCUGAAAGAUCUUCCUCCGAUACCUUGUUCCAGUCUACCUUAUAAAACCCCAUCUCAUGCCAAUAUCCACCUCAUUCUUUGGAGACUUGUCCAGAAUUAUAAGCUCAUAUCCCACCAUCAAGUAGUUCUUGGUUCUAAUCCUUGCUCUUCCAUUUUUUGCCCUCUAAUAUUGGAGAAAUAUUUUGUCUUUCAUAAGCUUCGGUUUUAUUUAUGUUAUGGGAAUAAUAAUGGUACUACCUCGAAAGUUAAUGGGAGCAUUAAGUGAGAUGAUGCAUGUGAAUUACUCAGCAGAGUGCCUGGCAUAAAGCAUUCAUUCAGUAAACAUUAAUGUAAAAUAAAAAGAUACCAUGCUAUACAAAGAAGA